AUGCAAGCGCCGCCAUGGAGGAAGCUACCCGGCGACACAGCUGUGCUCUGGACCCUGGACAACCCGAAGCAGCUGGGCACUGCCGCCUAUGAUAAGUACGAGAAGUACAAGGCAUCGAAGACCCUGGGCGAGGCCUUUGCCGCCGGCGUGCGCGUUAUCGACCUCAACCACGACUACAAGAAGGGCUGGUUGAGGAUCAACUUUGACGGAGGCACCAUGCGCUCUUGGGGCCCCUGCGGUGUCCAUGGCGUUGAGGAGUUCCUUUCCAGUUUGGACCUCCGGGAGCUGGGUCGGCUUUUGGCAGCUUCCCGGAAAGCAGCGGAUGCCGCGCUGUGUGAGCUUCGUCAUCGCUGCCAGCACUUCGAGUACACGGGGCAGUUUGCCUCCUCCUCUCGCUCCUCCUGGGGCCGGGCCCAUCCCAACUCGAUGAAGGUGGCUUCGCGGCAGCUGGUCUUGUUCCUGCGGGCGCGGCAGCGCGCCUUCAUCGAGACCCUGGACCUCGCGAGGGCGCCGUUGAAGGCCCUCGAGGAUCCCGGCCUCCUGGUGGCCUUGAGAAGCAUGCGCUCACUGAAGAAGCUGGUGCUUCCAAUGGACGGCUGGGAGUCCAGCAGCAAGCGGCGAGCCGUUGCGACGGCCCUUGCUGGCAUCGACGUGGGCUUCGUGUUCCG